GAUAUUAUGAGGCUGGUGUCAUUAGGCGAUAGCCAUUGAAUCAUUCAAUCUUUUUUACUUGCCGUAUUUUUUCGGUUUUUCCUUUUUCUCGAUAAUUUUCUUUCUCUCUCAGGUCAUUUCCAUGGUUUUCAGAUCCCCUUUAGAGCUUUAUCCCUCCCAUUUCUUCCUACCAAACUUCGCUGAUCGCCCUGUGCUCCUGGCGAACAGCGCUCCCACCACCAGGUCUCCAGAAGACUUGUCCAUGUUUCAGCUACCGACCCUCAACUUCUCCCCGGAGCAGGUGGCGAGCGUCUGCGAGACGCUGGAAGAGACCGGAGACAUCGAGCGGCUGGGCCGCUUCCUCUGGUCCCUGCCUGUGGCUCCGGGAGCAUGCGAGGCGAUCAACAAGCACGAGUCCAUCCUGCGCGCCCGGGCGGUGGUGGCUUUCCACACGGGGAAUUUCAGAGACCUCUACCACAUCCUGGAGAACCACAAGUUCACCAAGGACUCGCACGGCAAACUGCAGGCCAUGUGGCUGGAAGCACACUACCAGGAGGCCGAGAAGCUCCGCGGUCGUCCCCUCGGACCGGUCGAUAAGUACCGGGUGCGGAAGAAGUUUCCGCUGCCUCGGACCAUCUGGGACGGCGAGCAGAAGACGCACUGUUUCAAAGAGCGGACACGGAGCCUGCUGAGGGAGUGGUACCUUCAGGACCCAUAUCCAAACCCCAGCAAGAAAAGGGAACUGGCUCAAGCCACUGGACUCACUCCUACACAGGUCGGAAACUGGUUUAAAAAUCGGAGGCAACGAGACAGAGCCGCGGCGGCCAAAAACAGGCUCCAGCACCAAGCAAUAGGACCGAGCGGUAUGAGGUCCCUGUCAGAGGCCGGCCUCACCCCUCACAGCUCGGCGGAGUCGCCUUCAACCGCGGCCAGUCCGACCACCAGCGUUUCCAGUAUGACAGAGAGAGUUGAUACUGGGACGUCCAUCCUGUCCGUCACAUCCAGCGACUCGGAGUGCGAUGUAUGAUACGGAGAGGAGAAAAAAAGAAACACACAAAAACAAACAAAAAGAGAAAUAUUUACAGGGAAAAUGGACCUGAGAGGAAGAAAAAAAGACUUAUGAAAUAUCGCGGAUGAAAAAAGGACCGAUUGAUAUAAAUAUUAAAAUAAAAAGAGAUAAAAGCACGUCGUUUUUUUUUUUAUUAUUAAAAGCGCUUUCAAAGGACCCACGCCUCCCCCUCCUCUUCAUACCCCCACACCACCACCACUACAACUAGACUACUUGCAUGUCUCUCUUUUUUUAAAUUUUGUAAUCAGGGAGAAUAACCUGAAUGCAAGAUUUUCCAUCAGGAACAUCGAUCAGAGGGAAUAAAAACAGAUCGUCUUGGUGUCUUCGUCGCUUUUGUUUUUU